AUGGAGUCCCGGUCUUUGGCCAGCGCUUACUCAUUUGAGCACGCCAUUCGGAGUACGACCACGAAUCAGCAAGGAUCGGUGAACUCUCCACCACCCCAACCUUCGACCUCACGUCUUCAAUCCUCCCUGAAGGAGCGGCCGUUCUGCGUGAAGCAGUUCGUCAAAGAAGCAGCAACAAAGCCUCAUAAGGAGACAGUCCUGUAUCUCGCCUAUGGCUCCAACCUGGCAAAUGAGAAGUUCCGUAAGGAUCGGAAGGUCAACCCGCUGUCCCAGAUCAAUGUCCAGGUGCCAUCUCUGAGGUUGGUGUUUGACCUUCCUGGGAUUCCGUACUCGGAGCCAUGCUUUGCGAAUACUGCCCGACGAGAUCCGUAUCACGAUCCUCCACAAUACGCGACAACAAAGACGAGUGAGAAGACCGCCCUUCUUGGCGACGCAUCAAGGCAGAAGCGUGAAAAGAGUUGGACGAAAGGCUUGAUCGGUGUGGUAUACGAGGUGACGCCGCAGGACUAUGCGCACAUUAUAGCCACAGAGGGAGGCGGGUCUGGAUAUCAGGAUAUCUUGGUGGACUGCCACCCGUUUGUGAGCUCCGAUCCGAACGAUCCAGUUCCCUCUGAACCAAUCCUACCUCCCUUCAAAGCCCACACACUCUUCGCGCCUGCAGUGCCCGAGGACGGAUCGCCGCCGAAGAGAGGACACCGGGUUCGCCCUGAUCCAGACUUCUCUCAGCCUUCGGCAAGGUAUCUCAAGCUGAUAACAGAUGGGGCAGCGGAGUGCAAAUUGCCUUACGAAUAUCAGGGCUAUCUGCUCUCACUGCAUCCCUUCACAAUAACUUCGACCAGGCAGCGCAUAGGCCAGUAUGCGUUCUUGGCGGUCUGGAUGCCGCUGGUUCUGCUUGUGUUCACAGUCAGCAGGUUGUUCGCAGACAAGAACGGAAUCGUGCCGAAGUGGAUCGCGAAGCUCGUUAACUCGAUCUUUGAGGCAGCUUGGGCAAGUUACGAUUAUGUUUUCAAGCCGACGUUCGGUGAGGGAGAGAGGACUGUGGGUGAUGAUGACGGCAGUGACAAUGAAGAUAUCGUUGAGAACGACAGAAAGCUGCGCAGAGCAGCACCAGAUGCGGAGGUUGAGAAAGGCGUAUUGUAA